GUAUCAUAAGAUCACUCCUCUUUUACCCGCUACCCUUUUCCACUCCACCGCUCUUACUCUCUCCAGCGCCAUGCUACUCAGAUCCUCUUCCUCCGCCCUCUCCCUCCUCCCCCCUCCCUACGACAACUCCUCCUCCGCCUCCGCCGUGGCCAUCGGCGGCGGCGGCGCCGCGCGGAGCUCCGCCGCGAGGAUCCCCGUGCGGCGGCGGAGGGGCGGUUCUCCGGUGGCCAUGGCGACGGGGGGAUCCCGCUCCAAAACCGUCACGGGAGUGGUGUUCGAGCCCUUCGAGGAGGUGAAGCACGAGCUCGCCCUCGUUCCCACCGCCGCCGACAAGUCCCUCGCCCGCCACAAGUACGCCGACGAGUGCGAGAUCGCCAUUAACGAGCAGAUCAAUAUUGAAUACAACGUUUCGUACGUGUAUCACGCGAUGUUCGCCUACUUCGACCGAGAUAAUGUUGCUCUAAAAGGCCUUGCCAAGUUCUUCAAGGAGUCGAGCGAAGAAGAAAGAGGACACGCAGAAAAGCUUAUGAAGUACCAGAAUAAGCGCGGAGGCAGAGUGAAACUCCAGUCUAUUUUGAUGCCGGUUAGUGAAUUCGAUCAUCCGGAGAAAGGAGAUGCAUUAUAUGCAAUGGAGCUUGCCUUGUCUCUUGAGAAGCUGACGAAUGAGAAACUUCUGAAUCUGCAUGGUGUGGCACAGAAAAGCAAGGAUAUUCAGAUGGCAGACUUUGUUGAGACCGAGUACUUGGGGGAACAGGUUGAGGCUAUAAAGAAAAUCUCUGAGUAUGUUGCUCAACUGAGAAGGGUGGGCAAAGGACACGGAGUUUGGCAUUUUGAUCAGAUGCUUCUUCGCGAAGAAGAGGAGGUGGUUGUUGCGUAAAUUAGCAAUAUAUUAGACCUUUUUUUUGCUGGUUCUAGAUUUCUAGUUGUUUAGGGUGCUUUAGUUUCUCUGUCAACUUUACAUCCUCGGGCUUUCUCCUUUUUCCUUGUGUAGCAGAAAACCCGAUAUCUAGUAAAUGCAAUAAGUUGGAUGUGUAUUAUCAUGUGCCUUGUAGCCAACAUAGUAUUGUUUGUUGAACCAUCUCUGUUGCUGAAGUCACCAGGUAUAUAUCAAAUGAAGUGUUAGAGAACUGAUGUAUUCACGAGUA